GGUCAAAGGUUGAUUUAGCAUGUAUUUGCACACAGCAAAAACACCCGCCUGUCAGUGAAAACAUUGAACUUUAUCUUCAAAUUGUGCAAUAGUCGUUGUCCCCAAGACAUAUACUGAACUGAGAGUUAAUGAACGACCGCGACAUCGCUGCUGUAGGAAACAAAAACCCUGAAGAGCACUCAGUACUACUGGACUGCUGCGGAGGACUCAACAACCUCGAUUAUUCAAAGAUGGACCUGACGCUCAUGCAAGAGCUCAUGAAAUGUAUAAACCUUCGUGAUUCCAGCUUUUGUGUAGCUGUGAUUGCCAUCCUUUUCAACCCUCUCUUCUGGAAUGUGGUGGCGAGAUGGGAACAUCGUACACGGAGACUCUCCAGGCUCUUUGGUAGCGCCUACCUGGCUUGUUACUGUCUGGGUUUCGUCAUCAUAUUGCUCAACGUGUAUCGCAGCCACAGUAUGACAGUGGUGAUGAAAGCCCAGGCCAGGUGGGACGUGUUGGAGAGGACUGAAGUUUUCUACGCUGGUGCAGCUCUCAUAGUACUGGGCACUGUGCUGGUGGUGAGCAGCUUCCUGGUGCUGGGAUUCACUGGAACAUUCCUUGGUGAUUACUUUGGAAUCCUAAUGGAUGACAAGGUGACGGGCUUUCCCUUCAACAUCACAGAGAACCCGAUGUACUGGGGAAGUACGGCCAACUACCUGGGCCUAGCACUCAUUGGUGCCAGUCCUGUUGGUCUUGUCCUGACUGCCUUUGUAGCCGUGGUCUACAGUGUUGCAAUAACGUUUGAGGGACCAUUCACUGAACAGAUCUAUGCGGAGAGGAUUCAUCACAGCAAGCAUGAAUAAAACUCCACCUACCAGAUACUACUUAACGGUUGGGUCAAGUAUCCCCCUCUCUGUCAAGAGAUACAGCAGACUAAACAACAGACAAACCUGUUAUUCUACGUCCAGUCUGGAA